AUGGGCCUCCAAAGUUUCCUCCAGUAUCUCAUACAGAGUCCCAUCCUCUUCAUCUACGAACUCCUCCAAUGGGUCCUCGACAAGGUCCUAUCACCAACCCCGCCCCCUCCGCGCGCAAACUUGAAGCGACCUAAAAUUGCUGUUAUUGGAGCUGGUCUCACGGGCGUAUCUGCAGCAUCCCACAUCGUAGGCCAUGGCUUCGACUGCCGCAUUUUCGAAGCGGGCCCCAAGGAGAAUCUGGGUGGAAUCUGGAGUCGAGUGAACAAUACCUCCGGCCUCCAGAUCCACUCCAUUAUGUAUAGAUUUCAUCCUAGUGUCCAAUGGAAGAAAGGAUACCCCGACCGUAAACAAAUCGUUUCGCAGAUCACAGACCUCUGGCAUCGUUAUGGUCUUGAAGACAAAACGACCUUCGACACGCGCAUUGAAAAGGUGUACAAAGAUCCGCACGGCCGGUGGAUCUUGAAUGACCCCUCUCUCGGCCGCUUCGACGGUAUAAUCGCCGCCGUUGGAACAUGUGGCGACGCGAAGAUGCCCACUCUGCCAGGACAAGAGCACUUCAAGGGCGAGAUAUGGCACUCAUCACAGCUCGACGGCAAAUCCGCUAAGGGCAAGACAGUCGCCAUCAUAGGCGGCGGCGCCUCCGCAGUUGAAGCCCUUGAGUUCGUCGCCCACGAAGAAGCAAAGCACUCAUAUGUGCUAGCCCGUAGCGAAAAAUGGAUUAUCCCUCGAAACCCGCUCAUCAAUGGACUUCUCGCCAUGAACGUCCUCGGAAGCGAGACGAUCUUCUCCUGGAUACCAGAGAACAUCCUCCGACUCUUCUUCUACCGCGACCUAUAUGAUAUCUCGCCACCCCGCAACAGCGGCAAGGGCCUCUUCACCGAAACUCCUAUGGUAAACGACGACGUUCUCGACCUAGUCCGCAGCGGCAAAGCAUCCUGGCUUCGAGGCGAUAUUCUCGGAUACGACGAAUCCGGUUCCGGCAUCAAAUUCAACAAGCGGUCUCAAGGCGUCCCCAAGAAUGGCCCCGGCACCGAAAAGCUCAUCGAAGCCGACAUUGUCAUCAUGGCAACAGGCUACAAGCGUCCCUCUCUGAAAUUCCUUCCAGAAGAAGUCUUCACCGAGCCCUACGAGCCGCCAAACUGGUACCUGCAAGUCUUUCCUCCGGAACAUCCAGAUAUCUGUUGUAAUAACUGCACAUAUGUGAAUGCGAUCGGCACAGUGGGAAACUACCACAUCGGCAUCUACACGCGCUUCCUUCUGAUGUACCUCGUGGACCCGCUUGCGCGCCCACGCCCCUGGUGGAUGAAGCGCUGGAUCGACAUGACGCGCUUCAUCAAAGCCAAGGCGCCGGGCGGCGCGUUCGAAUUCUUCACGUACUCGGAGCUAAUCUACUGGUUUGUCUUUACCAUUGCGAUUAAUCCGUUUAGGUGGAAGUGGGCGCUGUUCGUGCUGUGUGGCAUAGGAAAGGAUCUACCGCUAAAGGUGGUGGAGAGCGAAGACAAAGUGAGGAAUGGAAUGGGCAUGAGGAAUGUGUGGGAUGACGCGAAGAGUGGGGAGGCACAUUGGAUUGGGGGAACGAGGAAUAGGUAG